GCUAAAGUAUAGCGAUACUGCAGUGGGGCAACAAGCCCGGGCCGGUUGGCCAGUUUGGCUCAGUCACCCAGUUUAUAUACCACAUACUAUCAUGCAUACAGAGUACAGCGGACCUGCUGCCAAUAGGGAAAAACAUUCUAGUGGAUUUGUUUGAUAUUCUUUUACAAUUUGGUUUCUGCUUAAGACGACAAUAUUGCGAUACAGCUAUACGACAAUACAACAAUACGAUACAGUAAUAUAAUAUUACUAAACGCUGAAAUCAGAAUCAGAGUCAGAGUUACAAAGUCACAGUCAUAUGAUCAGACAGUGUCACUAUUGAUACUGGGUAUUCUGUAUAAGAGUAUGGAUCUCAAAGACUUCCCGGCCCAUGCGCCUCCAAAAGCAACGAAAAGGUUGCGUUUUGCUGAUGUCGCAGUAACAGCAACCGCCAAAGAAUUCGCAGGCAUCUACCGCAACAACAAGCAAUAUCACCCUGCGGACUUUGACCGCACGCUCGAUCGGGCACUUGUUGCGGGCGUUGAGAAGGUGCUUUUGACGGGCAUGUCCCUGGGUGAUAUCGCGCACAAUGCUGGAAUUGCGCAAUCUCGCCCGAAUCAGUGUUUUUUUACUGUCGGUGUGCACCCGUAUCAUGCCAACGAGAUGUAUGAGGGCGGGGAGGAGUAUCUGGGGAUAUUAAGGCGGGAAGUUCGGGCUUUAGUGCAAUUGCAACAGCAGCCAGGGCCGCAAGCGCAACAACCACAGCAACAACAACAGCAGCAGCAGCAGCAGCAGCAGCAAACUCGUCCUCUCGCUGCGUAUGGAGAAUUGGGACUGGACUAUGACAGACUACAGCACGCGUCCAAGGAGGCGCAGAUAUAUGCAUUCAAAGCGCAACUCGAUCUCUUCGUUUCAGAAAGGCUCGACUUGCCGUUGUUUUUGCACUGUCGAGGAACAGCAGCAGCAGCAGCAGCAGCAUCCACUGCUACUGAAGCCACAACUGGAACCACAACUGGAACCACAACUGGAACUACAACUGGAACUACAACUGGAACUACAACUGGAACUGCAACUGGAACUACAAGUGGAACUGCAACUGGAAGUAGAACUGAAGCCACAACUGGAACUACAAAUGAAGCCACAAAUGGAAGUACAACUGAGACGACAAAUACAACUACAACAGCAACUGGAGUAUUUGACGAUUUCGUCAACAUCCUAACACCCUACCUGCCGAACCUGCCACGACGGGGACUGGUGCAUAGUUUCGUGGGCCCCGCGCGUCAGAUGCAGAAACUAGUGGAGCUCGGGUUCGACAUCAGUGUCAAUGGGUUUAGCUUCAGGGACGCAGAGAGCCUGGCGAUGGUGGCUGCAGUUCCGCUGGACCGGUUGCAGCUUGAGACGGAUGCGCCGUGGGGCCAGAUAGAAGACCGGAUGGAGGUGGCGAAGCGGUAUUGUGUCAAUGCGUCCGCGCUACCGGCGGCAGCAAAGAAAAAGGACAAGUGGGACGCGGCGUGCAUGGUCAAGGAGAGGAAUGAGAGCUGCGCGAUGGAGAGGGUGGCGUUUAUAGUUGCGGGGCUCAAGGGGAUUGGUGUGGAGGAAGUUGCGGAAAGGGCAUGGGAGAAUAGUGUUAAAAUGUUUGGUCUUGGUGAAGCAUAAGGAUAGGUUAUAGAUCUCGGCACGUUGGAUUUUUAGAUGUCUCGGAAAUGAUAUACGGAGCUGAUAUUAAGUAUAGAGUUAAUAAGGUAAUAAGGAUAAUGAUGAAUAAAAGGACGUGAGCUCAUGAGCUAGUGAUUAUGAUAGUCGUAGAAUAAUAAUAAUAAUAAUAAUAAUACACGAGG